AUGAUCAGCAAGAGCAAGACGCGAAAGGCCCGAAAGCGACGUCCCGGACUACGAAGAAGGUCUCACCUCCUGGUGGCGACCGCGAUGUCAGCCAUGAUCGUCGGCAUCGUGGAAAGUAACAGGCUGGUUGAGUUUCCGUCUGGCGUCAUGUGCACGUGGAACGACCUACCGCACCCGGCUCAGUUCGCGGUCAUAUUUCUGAUGCUUGCGCUCCUGUUCGGAGUCCACCAGAUUUUCGGCAAGCUUGACAGCGCCGCGUACGCUCGGCUAUCUCGUGCCGUCAAGAAUUCCACGGGUUCGAUUCGAUACUCUGUAGGGAGCCCCCACGCGGGUUAUUGCGAAUGA